UUAGCUACACCGAUGCUAAGGAAGUAGCAUUGUUUACAGCGCUGCACCAAAGUGAUGCUGGUAGCCACGGAGCUAACACUAUCAGCUAUGUUAACGUGAGAUUUAAAAAAAACUACAAGGCAGCUAUGCGUGACUUCGACUAGGAGAGCCGCCAGGUGAGACAUGGAUUUCCUCACUCUGUUCGCUGUCUACGUCGUGGUGGUGCUGACUUGUAUCGUGCUGGUCUGUCGGUACUCCGGUCAGCAGCAAACACCCUUUAAUAUCCUCUUCAACUUUGUGGGAAAGGUAGUUGCACCAUUCACGCCAAAAUGGCUCCAAAAGUUUUCACAGUGGACUUUGCACAGGCUGUUUCAUCAAAGGAACAACAUGUUCAUCUAUCUGCAUAUUGUGCUGGAGGGUGCCGUGUAUGCAGAGUUCACCUAUGAGGUGUUUGGCUUCUGCAGGGAGAUGGACACCACUCUGACCAGCCUGUCUGUGCCUUACGUCCUGCUGGCCAUCAAGACCUUCUUCUUCUACCUCUGCAUCAGGAGAGAUCCAGGCACAGUGACGAAGAAGAAACUGGCUGGCCAGCUGCAGAUCUAUCCGUACGACAGGAGGAUGUUUCACCCGGGAGUCUCCUGUGAAACCUGCCACCUACUUAAACCAGCUCGCUCCAAACACUGCAGGGUCUGCAACAGGUGUGUCCAACGCUUUGACCACCACUGCGUCUGGGUGAACAACUGCAUCGGCGCUCAGAACACACGUUACUUCCUGCUUUACCUCUUCAGCGUGUGCGCCAUGGCGGGCGACAUUGCCGUGCUGACAGGAGACAUGCUGUUUCACGCCGUACUGCGGUCGGGGCUCCUGAGGGCCAGUUAUAUUGAUGAAUACGGUGAACAGCAGCCAGCAGGGCCUAUGUUUGUUGUACAGCAUCUGUUCCUGACCUUCCCCCGAAUCGUCUUCAUGCUGGGAUUUCUGGUCUUUGUCUUCUUCCUCCUGGCGGGUUACGCCCUUUUCCAUUCCUACCUGGCUCUGGUCAACCAGACCUCCAACGAGUGGUACAAAAGUCGAGGUUACAUGUGUCAGCACUGCCACCCAUCAGCAGACCAGCUCUGCAGCCCGCCCCCAGACCACUCUAAAAGAUACUACUAUAGCAGAGGGCUGCUCCGAAACCUAGGAGAGAUUUUUUUCCCUCCAAAAUCUGUUCAGAAAAAAGACAACUAAAAAUAGACACUGCCAUCUGUGUUGUGAUGCUGCAUUUACUGUAAAUCCCCUGGAUUUUACUGUGCGUAAGAACUACUGGCGACUGAAGAAAUAAAGUUUACAUUAGUCAUUUCUCUA